AUCCCCACGAACUUUGAGCUUGGCCCGCCGCUUUCCCUUUCUCUUCCUACACACUCUAUCUAGACGUCCUAUCCUACCCUUCCUCCACCUUCAGCUGCGCCACCUACCGUGUUUUUAUCUCUGAAAGCUCUCACAAUAACAGGAUGCCUGACAGAAGGCCGUUGUCGUUGCACGAGGGACGCCCGACAACACCGAUGACACCGAUGACACCCACAGUGGUGAAAGACGACAUGAAUUUCCUUGAACUGUGUGAGACGUUCAGGAAUUACUGUAAGUGCCGAACUAUUUCUAACAGCAUCGCAUGUUCCCCCCUUGCUACAUAUCCCACUUAUGCCACUGCGAGCUGCUUUACUGACAAUUCACGGAAUUUAUUUUUCCCGGCGCAAAAUAAUUAGUCGUUGAGCACAUCGGGACCCCGCAGAAUAUGAGCACUUUGAAACUAUCCCCAGUGAUGACCCGUCUCUGCAACCAACUAUCCGAACGGGGUACAGCUACCUAUCUGUGGCUCUCUUCCGCAACCAAUUUUUUGUCGUAGAGAUUCACAUUAUUCACUUAUUUAUUACCUUCAUUACAUUUUAUACUGACGUGCUCGAAAUUUUUGCAUGCAGGUCACAAUCCGGCUACGGUCGCGGCCUUGCUGUGAGCGAAUUUUUUUCAAUUUGAUUCCCACAUCCCGUCCUGAAAGCUAAACCUUAAUCGCGAGCCUACCCGAGAACUUCCAAGCACACACCGUUUUCUUGUUUCUACCCGUCUUGCAUUUUUGUUUACCCAUCGUUGCUUUUUCUAACCGAUUGAAAUUCGCCCUUAUCUGAUUCUGAUUCUAUUUUCUGCGAGUAGUUGGUGCAAAGCUCAUUUUGACGCCGAAGAUGAUGAUUCUGGUGGACAUGGCUUGGGCAGUAGCAGGGGUUUGGCUUGCGAGUUUGUAGCCUCUGAUUUGUUGACAUCCCUCUCCGCAAACGAGGCUCUUGAUUACCUGUGCUAUGAACUGCCAUUGGUGGGAAAUGAAGAUCAUGACGGUGGGAAUAACUGUGCAGGAGAUGAAACAGCUGGACUGUUAGGUGGUCGUGACGGUCGCAAUGCUCCCUCUCCUGACCUCGAAGCCGAUAGCAUCGCCUCAUAUGCAGGGUUAAACACCCUAGAAAUUGCUAUUCUGGCAGAUGCAAAGAAGUUUAUCUCGCAUCCACCGGUGCGUUUUACCCCGGGCCCCCUCCCACCAGGCCACCUAGAGUACCGUACCUUGGGUUAAUAGUUUUUUUUUUUAGGUAGAGCGUGUGAUAAACGGGAUGUAGGUUUUCUGGCAGCAUAAGGAUAGCAGCUGCAGUGCUAAUGAUGGAAUGAUAGCUGGGAGGGAAGGAUCUCCUUCUGGAAGACGCUUGAUGUUGAUGGCUCCAAGAAGCCUCACUUCUACAACAAGAGGUAAUCAAUAUGGCUGCUUCUCUGCCCCGUUGAUUGUCUGACAAUCCUCAAAAUACGUAGGAAGGCAGAUCCAUUCUGUAGACUUAGGGUGCCCAAGUACCAAAAAGCCUUCGAGGCAUUCUUCUUUGCCGUAUUUCUUGCACUGUAUUACGGCGUGCUGAUACAGAGAGACCCCUACCAUAUCACUGGACUAGAGGCAGCAUUGAUUGUGUUCUUCGUCGCAUUCGCCGUUGAUGAAAUUUCCUCCGUUAGAGAUGCCGGGACAGCUUUCUACACGGCUGACUUUUGGAGCCUGUGGGACGUUUGCAUUAUCAUUAUUGGAAUAGCGUUCCUAAUCUGGAGUAAGUGGAGGGGUUUCACUCAUUUCAAAUAUCUGGGUAAUUGAUGCUGAUAUCCCGCAGGAAUUGUCGGGAUAGUCAAGGAUAACGAUGAAAUUGUUGACACAGCUUUCGAUAUUCUCUCACUUGAGGCGCUGCUUUUGAUACCUCGGUAUGUAGAAAACCGAAAUAUCUACUACUAAAUGAAUGAAAACAGUAUGGGGAUUUUUAACCCAUUCUACCACAGUGUUUGCUCGUUACUUUCGAUCAACCCGUAUUUUGGUAUGCAGCUCCCUAUCUGCCGAUUUCGGGUUGAGCUCUUUCGCUUUCAACCCCAAGCGCUUACUAGUCUAACAAACCCUUUGUAGGUGUCUUGAUACCCUGCCUAAAGCAAAUGACAAAAGAUUUCCUCAAGUUCGUGAUUUUGGUAAGAUAAGGCGGCUCUGCUAUUUGAAACAUCUUAUUACUUUAACAUUAAUAAAACCCUCCUGAGGUUUGGGUGCAUUCGCUAAUACAUCAGUCGUCGGGCUCAGGUUGUGAUUCUCUAUCUCGGCAAGUAGUAUCAGAUGCCUUUGCGGUCUCUCGUUUGAUCCGCCUCGCUAAUAAUUUUGUUCAGGCUUCUUAACCACGUUCUCUCUUCUGGCCAGGGAAUCUUUUAAACUUUCCGAGAUGUCCUGGAUGUUGAUUAAAGGUUAGACUUGUUCUCUGCAAAUAACUGUUUGCUGUAAAUAAACACGCUGACCAAUCUCCUGUAGUCUUCUUUGGCUCGGUAAGCGCUACCCCGAUAGGGGCGUUGACCGAGAUUAAUGCUUUAGUGCUGAUCACUCGUCUACUGAUCCGAUUAGAGCUCAGUUGGAUUUGUGAGUGGGAAACUAUUGAAUCCCCCCAAGCCCGUUCCAGAUCUAAUCAAUCAUCUAACCUGCAAAAACUGGAUUUACAGGACGCGAUGAGGGAGGUACGGAUUAGAAUAUCAGAAUUCAAUGGGCCUCGCGUCUGCUGUGCCGCAAACCAUACUAACACACGCGCGGCAGAUAUCUCCUGUUUUGGGCCCUCCAUUAAUGGUCCGUAUAGCACAGCAGUAAUAAGUCUAUUCUGCAGCAAGUCUUGCCUCAACCGCUUGACUCUAGAAGCUAAUACGUGCGGGGAAGCUAUAGCUAAUUUUCGUCACAUUGACAAAUAUCCUAUUGAUCACAUCUCUCAUAAGCUUGCUAUCAAAUAGCUUAACAAAUGUGAGAGCAUGAUUCCUCCCUCCUUCGGCACUCUGGAGUAAACACUCACUAACAGCCGACAGAUGAUGAAUAAUGCCCGGUACUGCUUCUGCAUUCCUUUUGUAUUCGCCUUUUCUUUACUUUUUUUUCUUUCCUUCUUUUACGAGGGUUAACAAAUCUGCGUGUGUGGUAUCACAGAGAGGAAUAUCUGUUCAUGUGAGAUAACCGCUAUCGAAGGCUUCAGCGAUUGUCGCUCGGCUUACAAAGCGUUUGAUUGGCGCGUUAGGUUUUCAAUUACGGUAAUGGAAGCCGCAACUAGCAACAGGCUCGUUGUUUUUUAUCCUCCAAUGGUAGUCACGCCAGCCUCCCCUUUCAAAAAUCAAGUUCAGAUUAUAACGGCUGCCCCCUACAGAACCUGCUUUCGCUCAUUUUAUUACGCCCACUGAGACUUGUCCUAUCGGCUAGCAGGAUGCGAAAAUGGAGGAUUGCGCUCCUGAAAUUCUCACACUUUCCAUUCGUUGGUUUUCCCCGCUCUCCUUAUUUGUCUCUUUUAGGCCCUUUAAACGCGCAAACCGUUCCGUUACCCUGGAAAAAACUAAACAUAGCUCCAGGUCGCGGCAAUUAUGGCCUACGAGAGCCUCUGGCCAGAUAACCAAAUGCGGUACAACGGAACUGCAUGGGGCCAGGGCGCUGGUUCCAAACGGAUGUCUAUGAGAGAAGGGUUGAAAUUGUUUGGUCGACGAUCCGACCGGUUCCAGGAAUGGUCAGGGCGCUUAGGUGGUAGUAGGCUGGGGUUAGGCGGGGCUGGCAACCAGGUUGGUCCCCAAUCUGGUCCAGCGUUCAUCAGUUCCGCGAGCAGUGUGCGUAUGGAUUUCGACGGGGAAAGUGCGUCAAACCUGAGGGCUUAUGCCAACCAGAUUGACGAGCACGGGCAUGAGCUACAUCGGAUGAGGACCACUAUCGAGCAGUUGAGCCGCAAGCUAGAUGAGAUUCUUUCUCAGAAGAGUGCGUAAAGGCUGGAGCUCAAGGGUUGAUUGUCAUUCCAUUUUGGUGAAGUCGUUGUACUGUACCAAAUUAAAAUAUUAUUGAUUUUGAUCAAG